GUAAACAUGACGACAUGUAUGCUGUGCCUGGACGGAUGGAUGUCUACAUGUCUAUCUAACUGCUUUGCUUCACGUGAAUGAAGCGUCCUGGGAUGAUCUGAUCAUCAUCAUGACAAUCAAAUGGAAACGCACCACAAACGGACACAAGCAUGGCGUGACAUGCCCACCCACCACACCUUGGAACCCAGACAGACACGCUACGCUACGCUACACACGACAAACUCUAUACUACACUGCCACACACACACACACAUACACACGAACACACACACGAUCACACACACGCACAGCCACCAUCCCUCUGCCUACAAGUUGACACACCCUAAUCUACUCUACUCGCGGCCCCCUACACACCCCGCCCUAACGGUCACUCACUUCACAUAUUCCCGCCACUUCUUCUCCAGCAUCUGUUUGGCAUCCCCAUCAGCACUCGUCGGCCGAUGGAAAUGCGCCGGCACGAUCAUCUCCACAUCCCAUGACAACACUUUCGUGGCAAAGUCGGGCGUAUUGGAGGCGGCGUCUCUGAGUGCCUUCCUCCUGUAGAAGGGCCCGCCGUCAGAGUACCCCAGAGUGUUGGAGGCGAUCCGCGAGAGCGGCUUGGGAGGCGACAGCAGGUCGUCGGUCACAUACAAGAAUCCAUCAAAGGUAAACACCGCCCUGGCAAACGCACGCAGACACACAGAGGGGGGAGGGAGGGUUGUGUGUGGUGGGGUGGGGUGGCUCGUGUGCCGGCCGUGGUUACAAACUUGUUUCGUUUGUCGUAUAUCCACAUUUCCGUGUUCUGUCCUUUGAUCUUGAGCAUGGAGAAGUCCAGGUCAGCGGCGAGGUCGUCGGGGAGGUUGCCGUCGGCUGACAUGACCCACCCAGCGCUGAAGCCGCCGGCCUGGGGAUAGCCGCUCAUCAUCCACCUCGGGGCAACAGAUAUCAACUGCAUUGCAUGCCAGUGAGGCGAGGCGAUCCACGCCAUGCACACCAACAUCUGUCUUGGUGCAUGUGUGUGUGUGUGCGUGUGUGUGUAUGUGCCUUAGCGUCAGGGAAGAGUCGCUUCCACUCUGGCGCAUAGAUAUGGUGCUCGGGGGCCGUGGCGCCACAUAUGAUGUAGUCAGGCGCGCUGCCCACCUGGGAAAACACGAACACACCCACCCCCAUGCCCACCACCCACCCCACACCCCACACCCCAGGCCCACACAGACGCACCGGACCUACCAGCUUCUCAUACAUCUUGAGCAGCUCCACUGUCGGCGCCACAGGGUUGACAAUCGCCACCUUCCCACUCGACAGCUUGAUGACGCUCAUCCGCAGGUUUAUGUUGCGCUUGGCGAACAAAAAGGGCUGCGUGAAGGUGCUGAGAGUGGGCGAGAGUUCCUCGACGGUGGUGGGGCGGUGCAUGGGCUUCAGCAGGGGCGUGUACGUCUGCGAGGCAUCCACCGGCCUGCAGCAGGCCGCAGACGGCAAGGGAGGGAGGGAGCACACCAUGCUGCUGCGAUGCGUGUCUGUCUGCCCACUUUUUGCCUCGCAGUUUGCUGAGGUAGCCGGCGAGAGGGGCGACCGUCUGGCAGAAGGGAGGGCACAUCCAUACACAUGUUGUGCUGCCAUGGGUGAGGUGAGGCGUGUGUGCAUGUGCAUUUCUCACCUGGAAGAACCUGUAUGCAGCCACACACAUGCACAGAACCAACACACUUUGGACCGUUUAUCUUUUUCCCUCCACAGAAUGCCAAGUUACAUGGGCACCUCAAUUAUCUGUCUACCUGUAUGAGUUGGACAUGGUCCACGGCUGAGCCUCGCGGAAUGGCAGAGGGUGACCGACCUGUUUGUUCAGUCAGACACAGACCGAAACUCUCUCAUGGAUGCAUGGAUGGAUGGACGUGGGUUUGCUCACCUCACCCCACCCUCUCUAAUCUGACUCACUCACCGCAUAGAAGACGCCGAAAAUCCCUCCGAGGCCGCCAGUGUUGCCGGCUGUCCUGUCAGCCGGGUAACCCCCGGUCCAUUUGGUCACCCUAAGCAGAUCGAAGAGACCGGACAGGUCAGAAGCCACGCACAACACACACGUGUGGUGUGGUGUGCCCAUAGAUGUGCUGUAUGUGAUGUGCAUGUUUGCAAAGCCGCACUCACUUUCCGUCCUCAUUGAAUGUCGCAGAGAUGGCCUGUGGAACACUGUCAAUGACCUUUCCUUCCGGCUCAUACACUGCACACGCACCCACAGGCACCCAGACAGACACAGACAAAAGCAGACAACGCAGCCAGCUGGUGCGCUCAUUGAUUCGUUCAUUGUGUGGCGAGCAGGACUGACCUCCAGCGAGGAGCCCCGUGUGUGUGCCCCUGGCGCGUGCCAUCCACCACACCCGAUUGGGCUCCAGCGGGUCGACCACAAAGCCAAAGGUGUUCUGAUCGUUUUUGUUGCAACCAUCUUGCAAGAAGCCAUGGUAGGGACCUGGUAGUGAUUGAUCUAUACCUACCUGCUGAAAGUCAGGGAUGGCAUCCAGGAGGUUGAAGUUGCCGACCUACACACAGCCAUCCAGCAGACAGAGAGGGAUGUGUGCACGUCCAGCCAGAUGCACGCCAGAGGCCCCCGUAUACUCACUGCCGAGAGGUACUGUUCCUUGGUCAGCGGGCCAACGACAGGGAAGACAAACUGACACAGACACACACACAGCUGCUGCCUGACUGCCUGCCUGCUUGUGUGUCAUUGUGUCAUCUUUGUGUGUACUUGGAAAUCGUCCGCCAGAAGAUCUGGGUUGCUAAGCCCGUUGUUCGCCCGCACAAAGUCCUUAGCUUUCUCUAUCCUGCGCACACCAGCAACAGGCAGACAAACAAUGCAAUCACACGAUUGCAUCCUUCUCCAUCUGCUUACAUCUUGUCUGGCGGAAUAGCGAACGGCUUGCUCUGCGACGGAUCUGGUCCCUCUGCGAAGAACUUGGAGUCGGGGUUGGCCGCUUUCUUGCCGACAAAGGGAUACACGCUGGCCAUUCUCGGCACGGCACGGCCGAAACAUGCACGGUGGUGAGGCCGUGAACUCAUCGCCUGUCCACCCAUGGAUGUUAACAGAAGGGCAACAAACAGAGAGAUCCAGAUAGCCAUGCCCUGCUGAGCACUCCGGCAGACUUGGAGGGACGUCAUUUUCGGCCAAAGAGCGACAGGCAAGAAGAUCUGAG